ACUCUGUAAGAAAUGUCACAAAUAGACUGUCUUACAUCUCUCUUAAACAAAACAAAUGUAGUACUUUUCUGAGUUAAACUAGUACAAUGCAUCUAUAUGCUUUUUGUGCAGUCAUUGUCCUGUCUUUCAGCAGCACUGAAUUGGUAAAGACAUUAGGAGUUAGUUUUUUUUUUUUUUUGCAAAUGAUGACCUACAUUUUGGCCUUUUUAAGAUACUCUCAUGUAUUUAUUACUUCCUAAGAGUUAUUGUUAAAUUUGUGUGAUCAAUCCAAGCUCAUUUUAACACACUUUCUGUAGUUUCUAUUAAUAUUUCAGUUAGUCCAUUGUGACCAAAUGGAGUGACAUGUGAGACAACUCAAAUGAACAAUGAGGGAUGGUUGACAGAAUCUGACCCCAGAUUGAGACAGGCAUAAAACACAUGUCAAACACAUUAGAUGUCGCAAUCCAGUUGGGCCAAAGCCCGAUUUACAACAGAGGAAUAUUAAAAACCCUUAAAGUAAGCUCUCAGAAAUGGAACUGGUUUGCAGAAAACCACAUCCAAACAGCUCUCAGCAAAUUAAGUGUCAAGAAACUGGAGAGAAUUUGAGAAGGGUGAGGGGCAAAACGUGAGCAUGUGGAAGCAAUUACUGGCUGCAGGCGGGAUCUGUUAGCUUUCGGCUUACUGGGUGCCUCCACACUGCUGAUCCACCAGCCAAGCCUGUUUCCACAAUCAACCAACCCCAUAAUACUACCUCCUCAACUGACUACAAAACCCUCAGGAGCUUCAUAUAAUGCUGCUGUCUCUAUGCAUCUUUGCUUGGGAGAGGAAAAAAAGUGUGAAUCUCGAUUCAAACUGUGACUCGUUUGCUGAGACCAAAGGGGAAAUCCCACAUGGAAUUGUAAUGUAGAGUGUGGAGAGCUUGAUACUACAUCUGGGAGGGGUCAGAAGGUUAUUGAUAUUGUUAGACUGUGGGGACCACUGGAAACACAUAAAUAGCUGGAAGACACACAGUAAUCUUGCAGUCUUCCUCUGAAUGCCUGGGCACAGGUGACCUCCACUCAGCUUUUCUGCAGAAACCCUCAUCUCUCUCUGCAAACCCUAACCAGCACGGAAAAGAUGACAUCUUUGAAAGUGAACUGCUGGCUGCAGUGGCUUAUCGUGACUCUAGCCCCGCUGAGUGGAGUCCCUGCAAUGCCAGUCGACGUGGACCGCGUGUGCAUGGCACCGUCCGCAGCCAAGUACAGACUGACGUUUACUGGCCAGUGGACUCAGACUGCCUUCCCCAAACAUUACCCUCUGUACAGGCCGCCUGCUCAGUGGUCCCCCAUCAUUGGAGUAACUCACAGCUCAGACUAUCACAUCUGGCAAAGGAACGAGUACGCCAGUAAUGGGGUGAGAGAGUUCUCUGAGAGAGGAGAGGCUUGGACCCUGAUAAAGGAAGUGGAGGCAGCUGGGGAACGGAUCCAGAGCGUCUAUGGCCUCUUCUCAGCACCAGCUGUGGUUGGAGGAACCGGCCAGGCAAUCACAGAAUUUGAGGUCUAUGCAAGACACUCUUUACUGUCCUUCAUUGUCCGCAUUGUGCCAAGUCCUGACUGGUUUGUUGGAAUAGACAGUCUAAACUUGUGUGAGGGUGAUAACUGGAUAGAAAACAUAAGCCUAGAUCUCUACCCCUACGAUGCCGGCACAGACAGUGGUUUCACCUUCUCCUCACCAAACUUUGAGACCAUUCCUCAAGACAAGAUCACUCAGAUAACCGCAUCAUUCCCAAGUCACCCUGCAAACUCCUUCUACUAUCCCAGACUGAAGCAUCUCCCCCCAAUAGCCAAAGUCUCCCUAACAAAGAUCAAGAACAACCAGAUCUUCAGCUUACCCAUUCAGCCGACCCAGUCCAAUCAGAUUCCAAGCGGGAAUGAAAUUGAUGGGUCUCUCAUAAAUACCCCUCUGGACUGUGAGGUUUCUGUCUGGUCACCUUGGGGUCUUUGUAAGGGUCAGUGUGGUGAGAAAGGGGUAAAACACAGAACCCGCUAUAUUCACAUGCAUCCUGCAAACAAUGGGGCUGCCUGCCCACCCCUAGAGGAAAAGAAGCUCUGUAUCCCUGACAACUGUGUGUGAAUAUAAAGAGGACCUACCAUCCAUACCUCAUCCACAGGGAACAAUCUACUGGUUAAAAGCUUUAAAAUGAGAUAUUAUAAAUGGGAUGACCUUGUUCUUUUAAAUUAAGAUGUUGUUAACAAGCUUAAACAUGGUAAUGAAUGGGCUAGGCAACAUAGUUAAAAAGAAGACCGAAGUACCCAAAGCAAAUUCUCAGUAAGCGUAACACAAUUGAGAGUGAAAUAUGAGAAACUGCCAAUUCUAUACUUUCAAUACAGCAAUAUUUGCUCUAAUAGCAGGAGUUUAUAGGCUGAGUUUGCUGUAAGUUUUACACACUGUCCUCAUGCACUGUUCAUGGAGUCUGGUGCUCUCUGGUGGAAAAAACUCACCAUUGACAUUAUCAAACUCGAGCGUUGAGAUAAACAUCUUCAGUAAAAAAAUACUCUGUUCUCCUCAAAACAUGUUGCAUCAGUGGAUGAUGUCUGUACAUUAAUUGCAAAACUGUAUAUAAAAUUGUACAUAUAAAUAAAUCCUUCUGAAUUCC